CACCAAGAUGCCUGAAGUAAUCGAGAAAAACUACCAAUCAGUGCCCAAUCUGAUGAACCGAUGCGGCGGCGUAAAAUCAGUUUCUUCCAAUGUUGGCUUCUACAAUCAACUACGUGGUUACAAAGUUAUCCACGGUGAAAUUUCCAGUUUAUCACCAAAAGUUAGAAGUUAUGUGGAAGACGCAGCCACCCUGUGCCAACCUCAACAAAUUCACAUUUGCGAUGGAUCAGAAUCUGAGAACUCCCAAUUGCUGAAGCUUAUGCUGCAGCAAGGAACCAUUCAGCCUCUUCCCAAAUAUGACAACUGCUGGUUGGCUCGCACCAAUCCCGCGGAUGUUGCCCGCGUGGAAAGCAAAACUUUCAUCAGCACUGAUCGUCGUGAAGACACCAUCCCUACACCAGCUGAUGGCGUCAAGGGAACUUUGGGAAAUUGGAUGUCCCCACAGGACAUGGAUAAAGCUAUCAUGGAACGUUUUCCAUCAUGCAUGAAAGGACGUACUAUGUAUGUUGUUCCGUUCUCCAUGGGCCCAAUUGGUUCACCCUUGAGCAAAAUUGGAGUCGAGAUCACUGACUCAGCCUACGUUGUGGCCUCUAUGCGCAUUAUGACCAGAAUGGGUAGUGCUGUUCUUGAAGAAUUGGCAAAGGCGAACGCAGAUUUUGUAAAAUGUCUUCAUUCAGUCGGAUGUCCUGCCAAUGGCAUCGUUGAGAUGCCCAGUUGGCCUUGUGACCCAGAAAGAACAAUCAUUUUGCAUAGGCCACAAAACAAUGAAAUUGUUUCCUAUGGAAGCGGUUAUGGAGGCAAUUCUCUUUUGGGGAAGAAAUGCUUUGCGCUCCGUAUCGGAAGCACAAUUGCUAAAAGGGAAGGUUGGCUUGCUGAACAUAUGUUGAUCCUUGCUAUCACUUCUCCAUCUGGCAAAAAACGUUACAUCACCGCUGCUUUUCCAUCAGCUUGCGGUAAAACUAAUUUAGCUAUGUUAACUCCAUCUCUGCCUGGAUACAAAGUUGAAUGUGUCGGAGACGAUAUUGCUUGGAUGAAAUUUAACUCUAAAGGAGAAUUACGUGCCAUCAAUCCUGAAAAUGGUUUCUUUGGAGUGGCUCCAGGAACAUCCUAUGAAACAAAUCCCAAUGCUAUGGACACCAUUUUCAGAAAUACUAUCUUUACUAAUGUGGCUGCCACUUCUGAUGGUGGUGUAUAUUGGGAAGGUCUUGAAGGUACUCUACCAGCUGGAGUGACUGUAACAGAUUGGCAAGGAAGGCCCUGGACACCUGAGAGCAAAACACCCGCUGCUCACCCCAACUCAAGAUUCUGCUCGCCUGCCUCUCAAUGCCCAAUCAUUGAUUCUGAGUGGGAAUCUUCUGAAGGAGUUCCAAUUAGUGCAAUUCUUUUUGGAGGCCGCAGACCUCAAGGCGUUCCAUUAGUUUACGAAGCUCGUAACUGGACACAUGGUGUUUUCAUGGGAGCUUCUAUGAGGAGUGAAGCAACUGCCGCAGCUGAGCAUAAGGGAAAAGUUAUAAUGCACGACCCAUUUGCAAUGCGUCCAUUCUUUGGAUAUAACUUUGGCCAUUAUUUGGCUCACUGGCUCAGCAUGGAAGACAGAGCUAGAGGAUUAGGUGGUGAAGUACCAAGAAUAUUCCACGUAAACUGGUUCAGGAAAAGCUCAAAGGGUAAAUUCUUAUGGCCUGGAUUUGGAGAAAACAGCCGUGUAUUGGAUUGGAUUUUGAAACGCAUUGAUGAAAACAAUAACACCGGUUUAUAUAAAGAAACUCCAAUCGGCAGAGUACCUGCAAAUGGUUCAUUAAAUUUGGAUGGUCUUAAGUCUCCUGUUGAUAUGGGAGAAUUAUUUAGCUUGCCCAAGGACUUCUGGGUGCAAGAAGCGGCUGAUAUUGAAAAAUACUUCAAAUCUCAAAUUGGUGAUGAUGUACCAAAAGAAAUAACACACGAAUUAGAGGAUUUAAAGAAAAGAGUACAAACUUUGUAAAAAUUUAGUUAAUAAGUUACUUGUAAGCCAUUUAUUUAUAACAUUCAAAACAUCUCGUAAGCAACAUUUUAAUGGGAAAAUUAUUUUACCCUCACGGUACAGUUAUAAGUAUUUUAACAUUUUUUAAUCAGACAGUAUAUAGAUUAUAGUAUUUU